ACACAGCGAGGGUCGCACGCAUGCGCACUCGGUCGACCUUAGCUCUCCGUCCUCUACGCGUAACCGCUUGUGUUCGCUUUCCCUUCUGCGCACGCGCAGUAGCUGCUCCUUGUCAUUGAGCGGCGUGAGGGAACUACUGUAGUGGCUAUGGCUGGCAUCCUCAAGAAGACCACUGGACUGGUGGGGCUAGCUGUAUCUGAAACUCCACAUGAUCGUCUCAGGAUACUCUACACCAAAAUUCUUGCUGCUCUGGACACUAUCCCUCGAGAAGCAGCAUAUAGGAAAUACACAGAGAAAAUUGUGAACGAGAGGUUUGAUAUGGUCAAAACAGAGCCCAAUGUGGAAAAAUUGGAAAAUAAAAUCAACUGUGGACAGAUAGAAGAAGUAAUUUUGCAGGCUGAAAGUGAACUCACUCUAGCCAGGAAGAUGGCACAGUGGCGGGCAUGGGAACCUUUGGUUGAAGAGCCUCCAGCGGAUCAGUGGAAAUGGCCAAUAUAGUUGGCACUAUAUGUAGCUAUUUCAAUAAAUGUAUGUUGGGCAUCUUUAA